CAACCGCAAACCUGCACCGCAUGUAAUGACAACCAUAGCCCAUAACCCAUAGCCCAACCUGGACGGAUGGAACGAAGAGGAACGAAUCCAGUUGGCUACGCAACAAACUCAAACCUCAAACAUCCAAGCUACCUCUCUGCCCUUCCUUCCUCCCCUUUCUCCCCCGUUCCCAUCUUUCACAUCUUUCACAUUCUUUGUUCUCUCGUUAUCCCACCCCUUUCCUUCCUUUCCUUUCCUUCCUUCCUUUCCUUUCCUUUUCUCCUCCCCUUCCCUUUCCUUCCCUUUCCUUUCCCAUUCAUUUUCCAUUUCCCGUUCAAACAUGGAGAAUCCCGACACUCCUCCCACAAAAAUCGCGAAACUUAUUUCUCACGCGGGGAUCACGUUCGAAGUUUUUCGCCCUGAGGAGCUACCCGGUAUACCGAUUUUCGGCGAGCCCAGGCAACGGCGGAACAACAGCAGCAGCGACAGCAACAACAAGAAACGAAAGGCUGACGAGGAGGAGGAAGGCUGGGAAAAACGCAGGCGUAGUGAGUGACUAUGCCUUUUUCGUUUUUUUUCUUUUCGUUUUUUUUCUUUUUCCUCUUUUUACACUUUGUCUGUUUGUAUCGGUCGCGUGUGCUGAUUGGUUGAUGGAAUUUUUUCUUCUUCGAAAUUACCGGUAGCUACCAUUGAAUGUGAGUUGUUUGACAGAGUGUUCAUCGGUUUGGAAACGCAGGCUUGCAACGAGGGGGAACGGUUACCAAGAUUACCGGAUUGGUUAAAUGCGGUACGCGAGGACCAGUGGGACACGCGGGCCCCGGGUGUAUUCCUCGUUCAGCCGUCUUUGGAGGACUUUCGAACCCGAUUUGUGGAGAUGAUGGGCGUUCUAGAAGCGAUAGGGGUGGAGAUGGGGGUUGUGAAGAUUAAGAUUCCCGAAGGAUGGUUUGUUCCCCCCUUCAUAUCCCUCCCACAUUGAUCAGGAUCAUGAUCUACGAUAAUGAUUAGCUUCCUUGCUCCUGUUUCGUCCCAUGUUUUUUCCCUUUUUCCUUUCUUUUUUCUCCUGGGCAAUGGGGGUUACACAUGCUGACUGAUGGGUGAUGCAUAGGAAUGAUUCUCCGCCAAUCCCUUCUCCGGAGAGCGAUAGUGCCCCACCAGAUCUUGAACUCUACACAAUGACCCAACGGCUGCCCCUUCAUCCUUCGUCAAAAUCGAACCUAGCUCCGAUAUACCACGUAACUUCAUCCACCAAGCAUACAAUAUCAGCAUCGCGAUGGCGAGACAUAAUCCGAAUCCCGACCCGACCCGCCGCCGCUCUAUCGGAGAUUAAAAUGUGCUUUCGAGGUCGUCAGUGGAACAACAUCCUCACGGGAAUACCUCGGGACGGCCCAACCCACUACUCCUCAGACAACGACAUAACGGAUGACCUGCGCAGCUACCUCUCCCUCUCCGACCCCAAACUAACAUCGCUCCCGGGUAACGUCCUCCACGACAACAUAACCGCCGUGACAGGGAUCCACACACCGUACCUAUACAUCGGCCAAGCAUACACCAUGUUUGCCCUCCACACGGAGGAUUAUAACGCACUAUCCCUAAACUACCAACACUCUGGUGCGCCCAAAUCCUGGCGCGUCUGCUCGCCACGGAGCUUCACCGCCCUGGAAGAUUUUAUCGCGGCGAGCAUCCCCAACACUAGGAAUUGCUCGCAGUUUGUCAGGCAUCAGAGUAUCUAUUUACCCCGGGAGACGCUCGAGAAGGCGGGUGUGAGGAGUACACUUGUCCGACAGUUUCCGGGGGAAAUGGUGAUUACUUGGCCGCUGGCCUACCAUCAAGGGUGGAACGAGGGGGUUAAUGUGAAUGAGGCCUGUGGAUAUGGGAAUGAGAGGUGGAGAGAGUUAUUCCCUGAGAGAGUUAGGAGAGUGAAAGAGGGCAGGGGCGCGGGUGGGGGUGUUUAUAGAGCUUGCAGCGGGAGGUGCGUAGGCAGGGAGGAACCUGUUCGGUUGGUAUAUGGAGGGGAGGAGUGAUUGGGCGGCUUGAGGGAGGGGAGCUGUACAUAUACGCUUGCAACUUGUGACAUAUGGGAAUUGGGUGUACUGUACUUGUACGUAUGUAUGUCUGGAGAGACACGGCUAUCAGACAACAGUAAUGGAAUUUUUAGUUAAUAAUAUUAUGAUGGGCCAGUCGGUGGCCCAUCGAUUGGCCGACUUGAAGAAUUAAUGAUGGGCACUGCUCAAUGACUCUUUGCGUGUCGUGGCAUAGCAAUCAAUACAGGAUCAACGCCGAGGGUGCUCCUUUGAUGUGCCCGCUCCCGGGAUGCUAUCGAGUGGGGGACCUGUAACCGUGGAAAAGGAAUCAUUCGGGAAAGAUGUCCCUCGCGGUAGAGCCGGACCCAUCACUGAUGCUAGCGACUAGGGGGCGAGCGGAU